GAUUGAGAGCCCCGACACUCUGGGUGGAGCUUCUCCCCUCCCUCUUGCCAUGCCAGCUACAGAUAAGUUGGUUUUUCAUACUGUUGCUGAAGUUGCAACCCCUCCAAGAUAAACACCCCUCCUUUGAUUUGCUGUUAUUCCUGCCGUCAGUCGCUGAUAUCACCACACUUUUUUUUGGUGAUUUUUGCUUCGUUUUAUGAAAAAACGUUUUCUUUUUAGCGUCAGGACUUCUCAAGUCGAAGACAGCCCGAGCAGCGACGGGCUUUUUCCAGCGGUGGGCAGCUUGUGACCCCAUUCUCUUUCGUGUGGUAUGAAAACUCUGCACAAACCAGGCUGCCCAGCCAACGCAAGAUAACAUCAUGUCGGCUGACACCGAGCCAGAUCCCAAAGUGUUUGUGAACCCUCCUCCCCCUGAGGUGACCAAUCCCAACAAGCCUGGCCGACUGACCAACCAACUGCGGUACAUGCAGAAAGUGGUGGUAAAAGCGCUGUGGCGGCACCAGUUCGCUUGGCCUUUCUACCAGCCAGUUGAUGCAGUUGGUCUUGGACUUUCAGAUUAUCAUCAGGUAAUAACAUCUCCCAUGGAUUUGGGCACCAUUAAAAAACGACUGGAGAAUAACUACUACCACAGUUCAAGUGAAUGCCUGCAGGACUUCAACACUAUGUUCACCAACUGUUACAUAUAUAACAAGCCUACAGAUGACAUUGUGUUGAUGGCUCUCGCUUUGGAAAAGAUUUUCUUGCAAAAAGUUUCCCAGAUGCCUCAGAAAGAAGAGGAGAUUAUUCAGCCUGCGGGGAGAGGGAGAGGCAAAAACAUCACCCCUUCAGGUAAAAGGAUGAGAGGUGACAGCGUGACCAAAACAAUCAGUCCUCUAAGCAGAAACUUUGAAAAAAAGGAGGAGCCACAAAAAACCGUAGAGGUGGGAGGUCUGAAGGAACAGCUGAAGUACUGCAGCGACAUCUUAAAGGAAUUGUUGUCGAAAAAACAUUCAGCGUAUGCGUGGCCGUUCUACGAGCCCGUCGACGCCAAAGCUCUGGGACUUCAUGAUUACCACGACAUCAUCAAAAACCCCAUGGAUCUCGGCACUGUGAAAAAAAAGAUGGAUGGAGGAGAAUACCAGGAUGAACAGCAAUUUGCUGCAGAUGUCCGCUUAAUUUUUUCCAAUUGCUACAAGUAUAACCCCUCACACCACACUGUUGUGGGCAUGGCCAGAAAGCUUCAGGGAGUGUUUGAGCAGAAGUUUGCAAAAAUGCCAGAAGAACACAUAGAGGUUAUUGUUCCGGGUAGCACCAUCAAGCAGAUUCACAGGUCUGAGUUACGUGAGGAAACACAGGUUACUCAGGUACAAGAACAGGUAAAGACUGCUAAUAAAGAGCUUGGAGUGAACCUUGAAGACCCUGUUAGUAUUCCCAAACCAAGGAAUGAGAACGAUGACAUAGAGAAUGUCAGGGAUCUUCCCAAACGGACUUCAACCUUCACCGAUAGGCAUUCAAUGAACCGGGACAAUGAUCGGGAUUCGGGUGACAAAUCCUUGCCAAUGACGUAUCAGGAAAAACAUCAGCUGAGCCUCGACAUUAACCGUCUCCCUGGCAUGAAGCUGGCCCAAGUGGUGAAAAUCAUUGAAACACUGGAGCCCAGCAGUUGCAAUUCUGACAUAGAUGAGAUAGAGAUUGACUUUGAGAUAUUGAAGCCAUCUACUCUCCGACAGCUUGAACAAUAUGUCAGAUCCUGCCUGUUCAAGAAGUUCAAAAGAUACCAAAGAAACUCCUCCCGAAGUACCUCUAAGUACAUCAGCACAAGCAGCAGUUUAUCGGAUUCUGACACAAGCAACUCCACUGACUCCAGUUCAGAAGACCACUGACUUAAUCCUUGUUACGCAUUUAUUCUUGAAAAGUUUUUUUUUUUAAUGACUGCCUAACUGUUUUUUUUUAUUUUUGUAAAAAUAUUUUUCAAAAAAAAUUAAUAAAUUAUAUAUGAAUGUUUUAGAUCUACUUUAUAGAAAUGUAAUGUUAAGGUCUAUCUAUGCUUUAACCAUAGAUUAUAUACACUAGAACAAAGUUGUCUGUAGUUCAAGUUUAACUCAACCCAAAAUGGUGACAGAAAUAACCUGAAUUCGACAAAGGUAAUCAUAAAAACACAUUCUAUGGAAAAUGGAAGUCGGAUAUUUCUUUUCUACCAUGUUUCAAUGGAAUGAAACUAACAAAUGAAGUCAUGAAACGUACCUGGCCCCAAGAAAAAAGACUGAAAAUGUGACCAAAGGGAUAGGGUAAAUCAAGGUGUUUCCUCUAAUUAGCAUCUGUCUACUACAAUCUUCUAACCAGCCAGCAGGCCUGUAGAGAGGCUGUGGAAAAUAUAUUUGCUCAUGAGGAUUAAUCACAAAUAUGUAAUCAUGACUGUGUAUUGCAAAGCAUAUCAAACUGUAAAAUGUACCAUUGUUUGAAGAACUGUGAACUUUGAGACUACCAAGUCUGUUACCAGUGGUAGGAGGGAUGUAAACACAGAGCAUUAUCACACAUUCAAACUCCCAUAGGAGAUAGCAUUGCCCCAUGCCAACCUUGAGUACCUCAACAUCUAGGAGCACAUCUGUUUCCUCAUGUGAACAUGAGCCACGUUACACCAUCUCUCCCUUGCAAACACCACCAGCCCACUCCUCUCUUCUUUCUGCUCUCUGCCAAAUUCCUGUCCGUGCAGAUGAGUUUAAAACCAUUCAGGGAAACUAAUGAGUCUGGGAAAAAGUUCAUCAAACCACGUCUCCGUGAACCACACAAUACAAGCGUCCCUGUACUCUCUCUGGAAAUAGCGCCACAAGCUCCUCUGCCAUUUGCGGCUAGAUCUUAUGUUUCCCAUGACAACAGAAGGUAAAUAAGUUUUUCUCCGCUUCAUCCUGCCACCUCUGCAGUCUCUCCAUCUUCUUCAUAUUUCUGCAGGGAUGUCUGGUCUCUCAGCAUAGUGGCUAGCUGGGCAACCAUGCAUAGUGUCUUUGACAAAGCGAUCCUCCAUGCAGAAUAGAAAAAUGCCAAAAGUAAUCUCAGCACCACAGUCCCAAAAAAUUGGCUUCCCAUGUUCAUGC